GCUGGCUCCGUGUACAGCGGGCUGGUGCUGCACAGCAGGCCGUGCCCCAUGCAGGCGCCUUUCGACGCAGAGGGAAAUGGUUCGCCCUCAGAUGAUACGGACGUGCUGCAAGAGAACCCGGCAGCGCCUGGGGCACAUGCGCAGGACGGCAGCGGCGGCCUGUUAGAGGCAACUUUCGAAGAGAGGUUCGAACAGUUUUACCUUCAGCUUGCCGAGGGCAAGACUGGGGGCAUGGUGGCCUGUGUCGACGAGAUGCAAAGGAUCGUGGAUUCCACGCGUCAAAGAGAGCAGCAACUGGAUCCCGUGAAACCGCCAUCGGCGGCAGCACCGCCACAAGGGUCGCCACCAUCCUCGACGUCGCCGUCCGCGGCGGUCUACGACGAAAUGCUACAAGACUGCCGCAGGAAGGCGGGAGAGGUGACUCUCGACCGCCUGCGGAAGCUGUGCCAGAAGCUUUCCCGGCCUGACGCGAACCGCCAUGACGACGGCGGCCGCAUGGGCGGGGACGGCGGCACUGCGCUGGGCGAGGAGGAGACGGUGGUGGUCAGCUACCACGCCGCCCUGUUGGGCAAGGCCGAGGGCGCAGCCAAUAUCUACGGCGGAUUCCUCCGAAAUAGGCUCAAGCAGGCCAACGACGCCGCCGUCAAAAAGCUCUCCUCGCUGCGGCCCUUGUACCGCCUGAGCCUCGCCUCCGGCGGCGGCGGCGGCGGGGUAGCAGCAGGAGGAGGAGGGGGGGACGCGUCGGAAGGGGGGAAACGCGGUGCCGCGGCCGCUGCCGACCCCCACCCCCACAUCACGGCUCUUGCGACCGUCUUGGGGGAAGGGAGCAAGCUCAUGGUCCGGCUCGCUGAGUCUAGCCUAGGGGACGGGGUGAUGGAACCGGUCGCCGAACUGCUGCAUAAGGACAGCAAGACUCAGGCGGUCAAGAUUUUAGAGUGGUUCCAGCACGACGCAGACCUGCCCAAGUGGCAAGCACAGGUAUCGGGAAGGACCGCGGUGGAACGAGCGGCGGCUGCCGGUGGAGGGAGCCGCCCGUCUUCGGCCCCUACCAGCGGCAACGGCCGCGGCGGCGGUGGCGGUGGCGGCGGCAGCGGCGGCGGCGGCGGGGAGGGCUUGUUCGACGCGCGAGGGAUGGAUUUCGUAAUCGAUGAGAUGGCGCUUGCCUGCCAGUACUGCCACAGAUACCUUGACUUCGUGGCCGACGACCUGGGCCUGCCGGAGGACCAGUCGUCCGAGUUCUACGCUCAGGUGCGAUUGACAGAAGGCGCCUACGUGCAACUGGAAGACGCGUACUGCCUCAGGAGCGUCGAAGAAGCCAUGCGGAUAGCCGAGCCCAUAGAGGUGCAGGAUGGGACGUACGUGAGCUCGAUGGUGGAGGACGCCAGCUUCCUGGUCCACAAGAGCUUGCGGCGCUCGGUGUCGACUCGCAGCGAGCAAGCCAUCAUGGCCGUGUGCAACAGGGUGACGGAGAUACUGGACCCGCACGCGCCGGAGCCAUCGUUCUACGGAGGACUGGCGACCGAGGCGGACCACAGGGUCCCCGUGGGUGGGGGUGAGGGAGGGAGGGGCGACGGCGAGAAGGGGAGCGACCAGCAGCCGAACGACUUUUCCACGGCUCUGGCGAAGUGGGAUUGUGGGGGGUGGGCGCUCGAAGAAGCCGCAGACGAGCAUUCGGGCCCAAGAGGGGAGGGGAGCGGGAACGGGGGCGCCGCCGGCAUCUGGGCGGGGGAGGGGUUCGGCGAGGUCGAGGGCGCGAUGGUCGGGAUCAAUAGCGUGCACGUGGCGCUCUCGUCGGUGUCUGCGAUUCAGGACGCGUUGAAUCGGUUCCUGGAAGCGAGCAACCCUCUGGUGGGCCUCAUGCUGGACGAGGUGGCGCGGAUACUCCGGUCCUACAAGGAACUGCGGGACUCCCGCCUCAACGACGUCCUGGAAGCGCUUUCCCCCCCCGUGUCGAGCGCCAUCGCCAACGCCUUUGGCUCCUCGUCGUACGCCCUCGGCCCCGCCCAGUACGAGCUCCGAUCGGGCGACCUCCCCGGCGCCCGCCGCGUCCUACACGCAGCAACGCGCGCGAUGACCGGCAGCGACAGCAGCGGGGAGAGUGGUGCGGGUGCGGGGGCGGGGGCGGAUGGAGGUUGCCGCGCCGCGCUGCUGCAGGAACCGUUCGAGGAACUGGUGCGGCGCUUGGCGAGCCGGGUCGCCACGGGCGUGGAGAUGGCGGCCAGGGCCAAGGGGCACGGUGGUGGUAGUGGUGGUGGCGCCGGGGGAGGGGGGGGGGGGUUCACCGAGUGGGGCGCCCUGUUGUUGAGGAAAGAGGUGCGAACGCUGCAGCAAGGCUUGGCGGCGCUGAUGGAGACGGACAGCCUUAGCACGGAGUUCGGUGACCUCAACGAGCUGGUACGGCUGCUGAACUUUGAGCGACCAGCGGACGCCCUCGACUACCGCCCGCCGCCAGCCCCUAGACGCCCUGGGGACAACGGCAGCGCGGGGGUAAACGGUGGCGGUGGCGGUAGGAUUGGCGACGGCGGAAACGCGUCCGUUUCUUCCGAGAGGGUGAAGGAAGUGCUAAGACUAAGAGCUGAAUUCCAGCGGGAGGCGAUCGACGCGUUAGAGUUGUGACAUGACGACGUGGCGCAACGCGCGAACGCUGAAGUCAGGGGCCAUUAUCGUCAGCGCGUUGUUCGGUUGUUGAUGAGGGAUGGGUGGUGGUCGCGUUCCUGCUCGCUUGCAAAAGGAUGGGGCAGACAUAGUGAGCUGCAGUAGUGAAAGGUUUGGUAUUACCAGGGUUGGUUACCAUGUCCUCGUCGUUGAGCGGAGGCCUCCACUCCCAUACAUAGGGGUCCA